AUGUCAUCAAAAUUGCUUCAAAAAUUGCGUUUAUCCAGUGCAUCGGAAGAAGAAGCAACCGAUUUUGAAACGGCCAUUGCUCUCGCUGGUUUCGGGACUUUUAACGUACUAUUGGUAUCGUUAUCUUCGUUAAGCGUAUUCGCUACACUAUUUUCCUCUACAAGUAUGUCGUUUAUAUUACCCACAGCCGAAUGUGACCUUCAUUUAGAUUUAAAUGAAAAAGGUCUCUUAAAUGGGAUUACUUUUGCCGGAAUGAUUACAAGUACAAUACCCUGGGGUUUCGCAGCCGAUACCAUUGGACGUAAGAAAGUUUUAAUAGCCGGCUUAUUAUCUAACGCUGUUUUUGUUGUUUGCUGUGGCUUCAGUCAAAAUGUUAAACAAUUGUUAGCUUUUACAUUUUUCGACGGUUUGGCUAUAUGCGGCCCGUAUGCGGUAACCUUGACUUAUCUAUCAGAAUUUCAUGGUCUUAAGCAUCGUAGACGAAUUAUAAUGGUUUUUGGCAUACUCACGUGUACAUCGACAAUCCUUUUGCCAACUAUCGCUUAUGCAGUUUUACCUCAUCGGCUGGUUUUGAAAACGGACUAUAUAUCAUUAAAUUCGUGGAAUAUUUUUUUACUAAUAACAGCCGUUGUCCCGUUAUUGGGUGGUAUUUUACACAUAUUUUUCCCUCCAAGCCCAAAGUAUCUAAUGUCGCAGGGUCGCAAUAACGAAGCUUUAAAAGCUAUAGCGACUGCUUAUGCAAUCAAUAAAAGGUCAACGAAAGACGCUUAUCCGAUCAAAGUUCUAGUGGAUGAAGCUCCCGAAAGAGCGGAACGUAACACCCUACGUAAGAAUCCAGAAUAUAAACAGAAUUUAAAGACUCUAUCUGGCAAACGUAAAGAAGCUAUAACACGUUUCCGUGAAAAUCUUGGACAAUUAAAGCCUCUACUCUCAAAACCAUAUUUAUCUCUGGCGUUACGUGUUUGUUUUACAAUGUUUUUUAUAUUCAUGAGCUUCCAUUCGGUACGCCUAUGGAUGCCUCAGCUUUUCGUCACAGUAGAUCAAUAUGAACAAGAACAUGAAAUAAUGAAGGAUAUAUGCGAUGUACUGAAUGUAAUGAGGGAUAAAACUCAACCAGAAGAAUCGAGUAACUGUGACGAAGUGGUUAGUGUAAUAGAUAAUAAUUUCCUUGCAUCGAGUCUAUAUUUGGCUGCGAUGAGCGUUUCAUCGAAUAAUUUAUUUACAAUUGAAAUCGAACUGUUCCCUACCUUUAUGCGAGCUAUCGUGAUCUUGGUGAGCUUGGGUUUUGGACGUUUGGGUGCUCUGCUUGGUUUGAUUAAAGAAAGUUUCACCCCGCAACGGAGAUAUGUACCAGCGUACACUGUCUCGGUAGCCGUGAUUCUUAUCUACUCAGCUACUCAGGCCAAUAAUUAUUAA